GUCGUAGUCGAAGUGGAGGUGAGGGACGAUGGCUUUCCUCAGCCUGGGAUGACCCGGUCCACCGGAAUGCAGUUCCGGAGUGGAGGCGUGCUCGCACCCGGGGAGAGGACCAGAAAGCUGAGCCGCGGUGCCCCAGCGAGGGCACGAGGUCCCGGGCCUGGACUCCGCCGCCACACUCUUCUGCGGCCCCUUCCUGCUCUCUGCCAGCCCGCGGGUCCCAGGCGCGGUCCGCCUUCCUCCCAGCCCCAGGGAACGCGCGGCUCUGCUUCCUCACCCCCGCACCUUCCUCCUCCUCCUCUUCCGGCCACGGCAGGUCCAGGGGAAACGGGGUUAGAAAGGGACAGAUUUGAAAGCCGUUCCAGCAGUUUUGUCUGGCCUUGCGGUUGGUUUCUGUGCGGAAGAUCCCGCCGCUUCAGGGAAGUCUUAGGACGUGAACUCCCGCCUUCACCUGCCCCUGACCUGCUCGUAGUGGUGUGAUUCACGCUAAGGCAAUGGUUCUUUACGUAAGGGCUUGAAAGCUGAACGUGAGUUAAUGGCCUAACGUGACACUGGUGUGAGAAACGGAAUUGGAAAUGAACAAGGACGUGUCUGCAUUUUAAAAAAUGUCUUUUCGGUGAUCUUGUUAGAGAGGAGGUUCACAAACACUCACGUAGCUGCGGCCACUUAUCACUGCACCUCUUGCCAAAGUGCAGUCCACACACGUGCAAUGAGAAAAAUUAAAGGGACUUGUUUGAUAACACACGCAAAACUAUAUUUCUUUUUGCUUCAAAGCUCUCUCACCAUAUUUUGGGAAGUUAUGGAUCGUCACAUUCCCGUGCAUGCUUUGCCUGAAGAAAUCCAAAAGAUGUUGCCUGAAGAAAAAGUUUGUAAGUACUGUGGAGUCAGCUAUCUAAUUCUUCAUGAAUUUAAAGCUAUGGAAGAAAAAGUGAAAGCAAUGGAAAAAGAGAUGAAAUUUUAUCAAGGAAGUGUAGAUCGUGAAAAGAGACUUCAAGAAAAACUGCAUUCUCUUAACCAAGAACUUGAACAGUACAAAAUUGACAGCAAAUCCAAAACAGAAAGAAUUUACAAUGUAGGCAUGCAGUUAAAAAAUCAACAAAAUGAAUUUCAGAAAGUAGAGAAACAACUGAGUCAUUUGCAAGAUGAGUUAAAAAUUAAAUAUAGACAAUCAUACAUCUUCAGAUUGUGCUUUUGCUGAUGUAUGUAAGAACUCUGUCUAAGCCUGUCACACGGAUUUUCUCCUGUAUUUUCUUCUAAGAGUUUUAUAGUUUUAGCUCUUCUUUAGAUCUAUGAUCUAUUUCAGCUAACUUUUGUGUAUGAUAUGAGGUAAGGAUCUAAAUUCAUCCUAUUUCAUAUGGAUAUUCAAUUGUUCCAGCACUGUUUGUUAGAGGCCAUUUUUUUUCCUUAUUGAAUUGCCUUGGCAUCUUUGCCUAAAAUAAAUUCACCAUAAAUGUAAGGGAUUAUUUUUGGAUUUUCUAUUCUAUUCCAUUAAUCUAUGUCUUAUGUCAGUGCCACACUCUCUUAAAUACUAGGUUUUUAAUAAAUUUUAAAAUCAAGAAAUAUAAUUCUUCUAACUUCCUUUUUUGUUUUCAAAAUUGUUUUUGCUAUUCUGGGUCCUCUAUAAUGAAUUUUAGGAUCAGCUGGUAAAUUUCUGUGAAGUAGCCUGCUGGGACUUUGAUAGGUAUAGUAUUGAAUCUAUAGAUCAAUUUGGGGAGAAUUUCUACCUUAAAAUUUUUGUAUCUUUCGAGUCAUGAAUGUGGUAUGUUUUUCCAUGGAGAUCUUUAGCCCUCUCAAAAAUAUUUUGUUUUCUUUAACUUCUUUUAUUACAAUUUAUUUCUAAGUGUUUUAUUCUUUUUGUGUUAUUAUGAAUGGGACUGUUAAUUUUAUCUUGGGGAUUGGUCAUUGUUAAUAUACAGAAAUAAAAUUAAUUUUUGCGUAUGUA